CUAUCUAAACGUCAACACCUUGCAGGCUGCAUCGCCCUUUUUGCAGAUUUUUGUUAAAUAAUUAUUGUUAUCUAUAAUAUAGUAUACAUCUCUUAUCAGUUUGAUAGUGGUAUCAAUUUAUUAUUUGUUCUGUUUUUACCCUACUUUUUGAACAUUUUUAGUAAUGAGGUUAAAGCCUGGAUAAAGAUACAAAACAACUAAGACAAGUAUAUCACAAUUAUUUUUUUAGAACCAACAUGAAUCAAUAUGAAACUGAACGACGCCUUUGCUGGUGCUAUGGGCUCCUGUCUGCUUUACUUGCCGUAUCAGUUAUAUGCACUGCUAUCCCAUACAAUCAUUGGAGAGGCACUUUAGAUGUAUGUCCCGGCAGCUGGCUUGAGAAUACAAAUUGUGGGUGCAUAUUUUAUGGUGUUAGCACCUUUCAAUAUUUUACAGGAGGACAUAAUUCAUACUGUCUGUAUGCAAUAUUUGCCCCAUUGCCAAUUUUAGUGUAUGCCUUAGUUAUGACCCUGUUUCAUAUGUAUAGAGUAUGUAUCAACAACAUUGGACAGUAUGAGGGAGAAAAAUCAACAGCAAUGGAAGAAAUAGAAGGUGAAACUAUAGUAGUGACGACAAGAGCGAGGGCAUCUCAACACAAUGAUGCUGUGAUCUAUUGCUGGGUCCCAUCAACUGUAAUAGCAGUGGUGUUUGCUAUUUACAACAUUAUCCAUGCGUCUAUAAUGACAGAUGGUUUCUUGAAAACUUGUCAGCAAUAUCGAGGAUAUCUUGUUCGGCAACUACACGCUACAGGAGACCAUGCAACCGCAAUACAUUUUAGAUUAGCUUGUCAAGCUAUAUUUGACUUCAUGGAUUACAUACAAAAGGAUGGGCUAAACAGCAGACAUGGGGACUACAUCAACACUGGUCUCUCCUUGCAAUUAGCUCUUAUAAGCUCCUGGUUAGCAAUUGUUCUAUGGAUAGCUGUCGCAGUUUUUACUGCUAUUAGAGCACAUAAGGAACGCCAUGUGCUUACUUGUUGUGGAAACUAAGGUUACGAGGUUACCUUAUAAAUUUAUGGAGAUUUACCAAUUUUACAAUUUUUAUGUUUAUUUAUUUGAUAAUUACAUUUUUCAAUGUAUAGUGUAUACUAAUUAUUAUUAUAAGCAUGUAGUUUAUUGACUACGAUAUUGUAUUGUUUCUAAGAUGACAUUUUCUUAUAAUUUUACAUUUUUUAAAUUAAAUGUUUAAGUAACAUUUACAUCUAUUAGGAUAAAUUUAUAAAGAAUAGAAAAAAUUCGAUCACGAGGCGGGACUCGAACCCGCAUCCUUUCGCGCCAUAAAACCAAAAAUAUCAAUUUAAUCUAUUAGGAUGUUAAUCUGCAACUGUUUGAAACAAAAAGUGUUAUAAAAGUGCCUUCAGAUGAAUAUUUAUUAAAAUUUUAAGAAUUUGAUUGAAAUUUGUUCACACAACUGUAAGUAGGGAUAUUUUAAAUUAAUUCAUAUUUUUUGCAACAAAAGCUGCAUUUAUUUUUUCAAAUAUUGCAUAAUAUGGAGAAUUAAGGAUUUUAGUAUACCUUAAGUAUACCCUUAUAUUGUAAGAAAAAGUACCACCUAUAAAUUAAGCCAUAAUUUAUUGUUCUCUUUACAUUUUAUAACGUAUUCUAAGUACAGAAUAUGUUUUCUUUAUAAAUUUUACAUUUCUAUUUUUGUCAUGCUUGUGUAUUCUGGACAAACAAUAAUACAUUAUAAAAUAUUUUGACCCAUUUCGAGGUUUGAUAAGAGUAAUUUAUUAUAUAUCCUUUUAAGCUAUUGCAUAGCUUCUAUCGCGGGCCUUGAGCGCAGGGACCGAAUCGAGAAAUUCCGUAACGAAAAAAACCUCACGCUCCCCAC